CUCAACCUGCCCUGACAGCGUCUGAGCCACCAUGGGAACCCGAAGUGACGUGUAUCCAUUGGGGCUCUGCAUCGCUCUGUGCCUGUGGGGCACCGUGGCCCAGAAUCAUGGCGUACAAGCUGUUCCCGCCCUUGCAGGUACCACUGAGGACUGCAACAACCAUAAGCUGUGCCCAGCAAACGCCAAGUGUGUGAACAGCACCCACUGCACCUGCCUGGAUGGAUACCAGCCAAGGGGGAAUCGCUUCUUCACCGACACAACAGAGACCUGUGACGAUAUUAACGAGUGUCUGGGGCCGAGCCCGGCAGACUGUGGCCUCAACGCAAACUGCAUUGACGUGCCUGGGAGUUACUACUGCACCUGCAGUGAUGGCUACGAGUUCAGCUCUGGGAAAGCCAAAUUCAGGGACGUGAGGGAGAACACCUGCCGGGUUAUUGACGAGUGCCAGGGACACGCAAACUGCAUCAAUGUACCUGGGAAUUACUUCUGCAAAUGCAUCAAUGGCCAUGGGAAAGCCAAGUUCACGCACGCGAGUGAGAACAGCUGCCAGGAUAUUGACGAGUGUCAGGGCCCGAGCCCGGCAGACUGCGGACCCCACGCAAACUGCACAAACGUGCCUGGGAAUUACUCCUGCAGCUGCAUCGAUGGCUACAAGCUCAGCUCUGGGAAAGACAACUUCACGCACGCGAGUGAGAAGAGCUGCCAGGAUAUUGACGAGUGUCAGGGCCCGAACCCGCCAGACUGCGGACCCCAGGCAAACUGCACCAAUGUGCCUGGGAGUUACUACUGCACCUGCAUCGAUGGUUAUGAGCCCAGCUCUGGGAAAGCCAACUUCAUGCACGCGAGUGAGAACAGCUGCCAGGAUAUUAACGAGUGUCUGGGGCCGAGCCCGGCAGACUGUGGCCUCAACGCAAACUGCAUUGACGUGCCUGGGAGUUACUACUGCACCUGCAGUGAUGGCUACGAGUUCAGCUCUGGGAAAGCCAAAUUCAGGGACGUGAGGGAGAACACCUGCCGGGAUAUUGACGAGUGCCAGGGACACGCAAACUGCAUCAAUGUGCCUGGGAAUUACUUAUGCAAAUGCAUCGAUGGCUAUGGGAAAGCCAAGUUCACGCACGCGAGUGAGAACAGCUGCCAGGAUAUUGACGAGUGUCUGGGCCCGAGCCCGGCAGACUGCGGACCCCACGCAAUCUGCACCAACGUGCCUGGGAAUUACUCCUGCAGCUGCAUCGAUGGCUACAAGCUCAGCUCUGGGAAAGCCAACUUCACGCACGCGAGUGAGAACAGCUGCCGGGAUAUUGAUGAGUGUCAGGGCCCGAGCCCGGCAGACUGCGGACCCCACGCAAACUGCGCCAACGUGCCCGGGAGUUACUACUGCACCUGCAUCGCUGGCUACGAGCCCAGCUCUGGGAAAGCCAAGUUCACACACGCGAGUGAGAACAGCUGCCAGGAUAUUGACGAGUGUCUGGGCCCGAGCCCGGCAGACUGCGGACCCCACGCAAUCUGCACCAACGUGCCUGGGAAUUACUCCUGCAGCUGCAUCGAUGGCUACAAGCUCAGCUCUGGGAAAGCCAACUUCACGCACGCGAGUGAGAACAGCUGCCAGGAUAUUGAUGAGUGUCAGGGCCCGAGCCCGGCAGACUGCGGACCCCACGCAAACUGCGCCAACGUGCCCGGGAGUUACUACUGCACCUGCAUCGCUGGCUAUGAGCCCAGCUCUGGGAAAGCCAAGUUCACACACGCGAGUGAGAACAGCUGCCAGGAUAUUGACGAGUGUCUGGGCCCGAGCCCGGCAGACUGCGGACCCCACGCAAUCUGCACCAACGUGCCUGGGAAUUACUCCUGCAGCUGCAUCGAUGGCUACAAGCUCAGCUCUAGGAAAGCCAACUUCACGCACGCGAGUGAGAACAGUUGCCAGGAUAUUGAUGAGUGUCAGGGCCCGAGCCCGGCAGACUGCGGACCCCACGCAAACUGCGCCAACGUGCCCGGGAGUUACUACUGCACCUGCCUCGCUGGCUACGAGCCCAGCUCUGGGAAAGCCAAGUUCACACACGCGAGUGAGAACAGCUGCCAGGAUAUUGACGAGUGUCUGGGCCCGAGCCCGGCAGACUGCGGACCCCACGCAAACUGCACCAACGUGCCUGGGAAUUACUCCUGCAGCUGCAUCGAUGGCUACAAGCUCAGCUCUGGGAAAGCCGAGAACAGCUGCCAGGAUAUUGAUGAGUGUCAGGGCCCGAGCCCGGCAGACUGCGGACCCCACGCAAACUGCGCCAACGUGCCCGGGAGUUACUACUGCACCUGCAUCGCUGGCUACGAGCCCAGCUCUGGGAAAGCCAAGUUCACACACGCGAGUGAGAACAGCUGCCAGGUCCCCAGCAUUAACUCCAGCGUUCAGUUCGUGGCCAUCAAAGAGACGUUCAGGAAUUUCUCUCUGGAGGGAAAGCGGAGCGGUGAAAGCAGCAAUUUUUCCUCUUUCCUUAAUUCGACCUUCGACAGUUUGAUGUCCAUGUUUGGAGAUGGGAGUGCGACGUUAUCACUGGAGAACGCGACUCUCCCUUUCAACUCGGUCCUGAACAGAACCUCCCGCUUGGAGGGUGGAGGCAAGGACGAGGUUGUGUCAGCUGUAACGUUCGUCCUGCACACAGUGGAACUGUCCACGCUGGCCAUUGCUCUCCGGUCUCCGGAGAGGACAACACAGGACGUGAUGACAGAGUCUCUGGCUAUCCAGACGCGGCUCGUCACAGGGAACUGCAGCCAGCACAGCGAGGUCUUCACGCUGAGCGCUCAUGAGGAGACGAUGGUCGUGCACUGUGAUACAGUCACCGGGACAGCCACACAAGCUGGUGUGGGGGCUGCUGCUUUUAUUUCCUACUCCACCCUGGACUCCAUCAUCAGUGCGAGACGUCUCAGCGAGGGAAAUCAACGGGCUGGUGGGAAGCUGGAGAAGAGUCACCUCAACUCCAGGGUGGUGAGUGGGGCCAUCGGAGACGGGAGACCCAUUAACCUAUCCAGACCCGCAAAGUUCACCCUGCGACAUAAACAGGCCAAAAAAGAGGAGGAAGAGGCUCUCUGCGUCUACUGGAAAGUGGUGGCUGAGAAUGGCAGCUGGUCUGAGGACGGCUGCACCGCCGUGCACACGAACAGCACUCACACCACUUGCAGCUGUGACCAUCUCUCCAGCUUCGCCAUCCUAAUGGCUCCCACCGCAGUGACGGUAUCUCACCAUGACACUUGCAUCGCAGGGCAGGACUCAGCCAUGGGCAAAGCUCUUCCUGGAGACUCUGAGAGUUCCCCACUGACCAUCAUCACCUACGUGGGACUGACCCUCUCUCUGCCGUGCCUCUUCCUGGCCAUCCUCACCUUCCUCCUGUGCCGCUCCAUCCGCAAUGUCAGCACCUCCCUUCGCCUGCAGCUCUGCCUCUGCCUCUUCCUGGCCGACCUGCUCUUCCUCACCGUGGUGACCCACCCCGGCAGUCAGGUGGUGUGUGCUGUCAUUGCUGGCCUCCUGCACUACCUCUUCCUGGCCUGCUUCAGCUGGAUGUUCCUGGAGGGGCUGCACCUCUUCCUCACCGUCAGGAACCUGAAGGUCGUGAAUUACACCAGCGCCAGCCGGUUCAAGAAGAGAUUCAUGUUCCCGUUCGGCUACGGAUUCCCAGCCCUGGUGGUGGCUAUUUCUGCAGCGGUGAAUCCUGGCAGCUACGGAACUUCUGAACACUGCUGGCUCAGCCUGGACAGAGACUUUCGCUGGAGCUUCAUGGGUCCAGUCUGUGCCAUAAUCCUGAUAAAUAUAACGUUCUUUGUGCUGACCCUGUGGAUCCUCAGAAACAGACUCUCCUCCCUCAAUGCAGAUGUGUCCACCCUCAGAGACCACAGGUUACUGACCUUUAAAGCCAUUGCCCAGCUCUUCAUUCUGGGCUGCUCAUGGAUCCUUGGUCUCCUCCAAGUCGGCCCAGCAGCCACAGUCAUGGCGUAUUUAUUCACCAUCGUCAACAGCCUGCAGGGAGCCUUCAUCUUCCUGGUGCACUGUCUCCUCAAUCGCCAGGUGACAGAGGAGUACAGGAGAUGGAUCAGGGGUUUCCGAACAUCCAGCACAAAAUCUCAGAUGUCCGAUUUAUCCAUGUCUGCUGUCCUCACUACCAGCACCAAGAUGGAGUAACCCUUCUGCCAGGCGGAGUUGGCAGCAACCAGGGCCGGGUUCAAUACCUAGUGGGUUCCAAUACAAAACAGAACCAGCUGGAGCCCCUGUGAUGUUGCGCUCCAUGUGCUUUAUGGAAAUAUGCUUAUGAAUAGGACAUAACUGGAAUGUGCUUUACGCUAAAUACUCCUUAUGUUGUGUUUUUAGAAAGCUUGUAGUCUACUGAGUGUGUUCAUCGUAUUUCUUUGCAUAUAUUAUUUCUAUAUCUGGAGUUAGAAGAAUAAUAUAUAAACUUGUAUCACUGAUAUAAACAUAUUAAGUGGAGGCCAUUAAGGGUGCUCCAGAAACAAUCAGUUGUAAAUGGCCUUAGCUAUUUGAAAGCCUUCCUGUGUCUGUGUGGGCCAGCCCAUGGGGAAUGGAGACUAGGGCUCUUACAGUGACAUGUGACCAUGUCACCUGAUAAUGAAAUCCAUCGUAAAUCUGGUGUUUUUCCAUUUAGAAGGAGGGGUAGGGACCAAGAGAGACAAAAGAUUCCUGCCUUCUGCCAAAGCUAUAAAAGGGGGUGGAGCAGGACAAAGGGCUGCCAGUCAUGAGAAAACCCCUGCUUACCACCUGAGAUGUCUGCUGGGUUUAACAAAGACUGUACCUGGUGGAAGGCUUGUGCCCAGACUAGGAAGGAGUCUUAUCUGUGAAAGAAGCCUAUUGGAACAUCUUUGAGGGUGAGAUAUUACCGGUAAUCAGUUUCUUAAUAUAUUUGGCUUAGACUUGCGUGUUUUGUUUUAUUUUGCUUUGUGACUUACUUUGUUCUGUCCGUUAUUACUUGAAACCCCUUAAAUCUUACUCUUUAUACUUAAUAAAAUCACCUUUGUUUAUUAAUAAA